UUCUCUUGGUCUUCCGAGUGUGAGUAGAGAGAGAGAUGCACCACUAAAAUCAUAGGAUCAGAUAUUUUCCGACACGAGACGAGAGUUAGAUCAUCAUCAUGGCGUCACCAUCUGAUCAAACGGCGAAGAUCAUCGACGGCAAGGAGAUUGCUCAUACCAUCCGAUCAGAGAUCGCCGAGGAAGUUCGCGUUCUAUCUGAGAAACACGGCAAGGUCCCAGGACUAGCGGUAGUUAUUGUUGGGGAUCGAAAGGAUUCACAGACAUAUGUGAACACAAAGAGGAAAGCAUGCGCUGAGGUUGGGAUUAAGUCAUUUGAUGUGGGUCUACCUGAGGAAGUUUCUGAAGCUGAUCUUAUUACCAAAGUUCAUGAACUCAAUUCAAACCCCGAUAUACAUGGCAUAUUAGUUCAACUCCCAUUGCCGAAACAUAUUAAUGAGGAGAAUGUUUUGGGUGCAAUCAGCAUUGAUAAAGAUGUUGAUGGCUUCCAUCCUCUUAAUAUUGGUAAGCUAGCUAUGAAAGGCAGAGAACCCCUCUUCCUUCCUUGCACCCCAAAGGGAUGUUUGGAACUCUUAGCUAGAAGCGGUGUACAGAUAAAGGGGCAAAGAGCAGUUGUUGUAGGUCGGAGUAAUAUUGUUGGUUUACCCGUUUCACUUCUACUGCUCAAGGCUGAUGCUACUGUCACGAUUGCACAUUCUCACACCAAGGAUCCUGAGGCUAUCAUCCGGGAAGCUGACAUUGUUAUUGCUGCAUGCGGACAAGCCCACAUGAUUAAGGGCGACUGGAUAAAGCCAGGUGCUGCGGUAAUUGAUGUUGGAACUAACGCAGUCAGCGACCCAAGUAAGAAAUCAGGAUACCGGUUGGUUGGAGAUGUUGAUUUCGCAGAAGCUUCUAAAGUUGCAGGUUUUAUUACGCCUGUCCCUGGUGGUGUUGGCCCAAUGACAGUUGCAAUGCUUCUCAGAAACACAGUAGACGGUGCCAAGCGGGUCUUUGGCCAGUAAAUUAGCCCACUGUUUGUAAUAAAACCGGAGUUUCUCCAUUCUGUAAUUGUGUACUUGGCUUCAUGACAUUUCUCCUCUCAAAUAAAUUGAAAUUGACAUUGUCUUUGGAUUACUUUA